AUGAGUAACGGAGGUGAACUGCCCACUCUACGUGGUGAAGAGACUGCCGUUCCGCCCGAGGCAAUUAGUUAUAAACCGGCACCUGAGGAGAUUUACAAGCCGAUUGGCAAUGGCGCGUUUGUCCGACUGAUUUUUGGAGAUCUGCCUCUCACGCCCUACGAGGUGGCUGAGGCGGCGAAGGUGAAGGAGGCGUUAAAGAACGAACCGAACAUGUUUGUUGGCACCGUUUUUUCCGACGACCGUUACCUAAUUCGUUUUCUGCAAGGGAACGACUGGGACAUUGAAAAAUGCAUCGUGGACAUGCGGAGGCAUCUUAUCUGGCGCAGCACCCAUCUGCCGGUCCCCGUGGCCACGGUUUUGCCGCUUUUGCCCAAAGGGUAUUGCUACGUUUUCGGCCGAGACAAGUGUCUUCGGCCCAUUUUCAUCAUUCGCUGCAAAGAGUUCGUCAAUGCGGACCCGAACGCGGUGCUUCCUGUCGUGCUCGUCUGGAUGGAGACGAUGAUCCACAAGCUGCUUGUGAAGAACAAAGUGGAACAGUGGCGCGUCAUCAUUGACCUGGAUCAGUGCUCCGCCUUCAGUACCCCAAUGGCGAUUCUCAAAGAGAUAGCGGACACGCUGACGCUUAUCAGCGUUGUCUUGCCGGAGCGAACAAAGCAAAAAAUUGCCUUGUAUACAUCCAACUUCCAGGCUGACUUGUUUUCCCAUGUUAACAGAAACCAAGUAGAAGAGCGCUAUGGGGGAAGCUGCUCUAACGUCACGGACUUCGACAGUAUCUCCAUGCCGCCUGGACCCUUUUCAUGA